AUGGAGUCCGAAGAUAUCCUGCCAUUUACUACUUCAUCCCCUCAUCUCAAUUCGUCCGUCGGCGAUUAUCAAUGGCAAACAGAUUUCAUCAACGCCACGACCAACUCUGACAUCAACUUUGACCAUGCCGAGGCACACCAUCGAUACAUAUCAAGAGGUGGCCAAAUUUUUAUGACUGGCGUUUACAUCUUCGGUGCUGUCGCCAACAUAUUCUCCCUUUUGCUAUUGUCCCAAGGCAAACAAGCCAGAAACAAGAAACUGACUCUCAUGAUUCGUUGCUUGGCGGCGAAUGACUUGAUGGCGCUCGCCAGCUCUUUCUUCCUGGUCUACAUGAGGAUUUACUUGGAUCCAAGCUUCGUUGCCAGUCGAUGGUUCUGUGGAUUGCGGGUCCUGACUCGAUUCUUUGGAUUCAGCUCCGGUAGCGUUGCGUCUGUUAUGGCAGUGGAGCGAUUCAUAGCACUCACAAGACCAUUCUUUUACCAAAAGCAUAUCACACACAAACUAGUCAAAAGAGCUAUCUUCAUCCAGUGGUUCAUCGUGAUGGCCAUCGUUCUCUUACCUCUAGUCGGCUUCGGCCUCUACUACAAAGUAGAUGAAGAAAGCGGAGCUUACAUCUGCGCCAGAUACAGGCAAGCCACCGAGCCACCAGACAUCGCUUAUGCCUAUGUCAUGUUCGGUUUUGGCACUAUGAUGUGCGUCGUCAUAGUAGGCUGCAACAUGGCUGUUGUGAGUGCUCUGUGCCGUCUGAGCCCAGGGAGCAGUCAGGCCAGACGUACCACAGUGUCCCGGGACCACAGGGAGUUGGCUUUCAACCACACAACACAAGAGGAGCUAUCCUUCGCCAAACUCAUGGUCGUCCUCUGCGUAUUUUUCGUGGUCUGUUGGCUUCCACAGAUGGCAACCAUCAUCAUUGCCCAAAUGCAUCCCACCAUUAAAAACCACCCAUUCUUCAAAAUCGCCGACAUCUGCACAGCUCUGAACUUUAUCCUGGACCCAAUCGUAUACGUGCUAUCUCGUCGACCCCACAGAAGAGGACUGAGGAGGUUGCUGAAACCGCUUUGCCACCAGUGCUGGUCGCAACCGGAUAUGUCCAGCUGCACUGGAUCGAACAGCCAAGGCACGAAAGGAAGAGAGCUGUGCCUGCUGCCGAAAACACCCGAAUCGCAACCGAACAGGACAGCUAGCACAUUACAAAAGCAGGGCAAAGAAGGUUCUCGAAGAAUAAAACUUAACUUGCCUCCUAUUGGUUCUGUCGAUAAAAUUCUUGAAGAUUCUUGUAUUAUCCCUUUUGUCACCAAAUGGUCAAGUCCGGGGGUCAUUGAUUCGGCCUCCGAUCAGCAGAUCUAA